AUGAAGAAGAAAGUAGAAGACACCCUCGUCCGUUCGGUGGAACUAGAAAAUCAAGCCAAUAAGUUGAUGAGGCGAGGAACUGAUCAGGAGCCUGGUCUGGCAACACAGCAACUCAAGGGCGUAGAGAAACAGAUGAGUCUGGAAAUCGCAGCCAGGGAAAAGAAGAUUCAAUCCAGAGAUCGUCGCAUCAAGGACCUAUAG